GUCUGCUAACCUCAAACAAUAGGAAGGACCUUGGUGGGAUCACCGAGGAGAAUUCAUAUUUUGAGUUUAUGGGGGCUGUUGUUUGUUCUUUGGUUUUUCACGGCAUUUUUGUUAUUUACAAGACAAUGCACACACAACUUGAUGAAAAGACUUAAGUAAGCAGCCGGCCAAUAUAGCUUGUGAUAAUGGAUUAGCAAGUCACUUGAAAUGCUGCAGGUUCAAAAUCACCUUAAUUUUGUUUUAUCUAAUAUCUUGCUGUUCAAGUGUCUGGAGUAAUUUUCUUAACCUGACAUUUUAUUUUGCACAAGCCUACUAUCUUAAAAUUUUAUAAUGGCAGACAUGAACACUGCCAAAUGUAAUAGGAGCUGUUUUCAGUGAAAGAACAGGAAACUGAGAUAUUCACUACUGCUAUUCAGUUUUAAGUUUUAUUUAUUUUCGAUCAUGGUAUCUGUUGGUUCCUAUCUAUUUCCAACAUAGAAACAAUACUCCAGGGCUCAAGAUUACACACAGUAACUUCGGAUAAGGGAAGCUGUGAUUUUUUAAUUGAGGUUCUGGAAAAUUAAUUGUGCUUGUUUUCCAGAUGUUGGUCAGAUUGUUGCUUUAAUAAUGAAAUACAAAGGAACCCGUUAUUAAAAACAAAAUUAUAAUCAUGCGCUGGUGGAUGGUGUUUUCUAGUUAACAAAGUGUCGGCUAGUCCUAGAGAACUUGAAUGACUCCAGGACUCAAAUAUACAUAUACAUAGUUGGGGCAUGAACUAAACCAUUUUCUUCAUGAAUUUGUCAUUGCAUUUUUUUCUUAGAGAAACUAUCAUUCUCUCUGUGUGUGUGUAUGAACUCACAUGGAACUUUUCUCAGCUGAGAACCAGAGAUUGACCAUGAAAAGGUUGAAAACAAAAUAAAACAUAGAUUUCACUUCUGCAAACUGCUUUCUAAAUAAUAAAUUUAAAAAAAAGAGUUGAGAAGGCUUUUUAGUUGCUUUUAAGAUUUCCAGGGUUGACCUUUACUUGGUGUCUCUGAAGCAGGUAAAUAGGCCAAGUAACAAACAUCAACAACAACAGCACACAAAGAUCAGGGAACUCUGGCAGGAUUUUAUGGCUUGUGCUUCCAUCCCUCGUCCGGAGCCAAAUGACCCCCAUACAUCAAAUUACAUAGCAGUUUCUAAGACAGAACCUAUUAUCGUUAAGUUGGAAGGAGAGUUCAAGCCGUGGUCAUGGAGAUGAACGCUGGUUUUUCAGGUUCCUGGUGGGUUGUUUUUUUCUCUAAUCCAUCAUGUUUUAACAGGUAGAAUUUGAUAGUUGCCCUGAAUAACAGCACCUCAGAAAGUCCAAGGCAGGAGGGUCUGGGAACCUUCUGCAACAGGGGAAAAGAGGUGGGAGUGGCUUGCUGGGUCCUGCCUGAGAAAUAGGGAGAGGAAAGGAGUAAAGAACUGUCCAGGAUUUGAGUUUGACUUGCUAGAGCGAGUGUUGUUGUUGGUCCCUUCCCACACAGGAUGUUCCAUCCAAAGUUUUCUCUCUCCCCUUCUUGGCCACAAGGGGCUCAUUUGGAGGAGGUAGGUCAUAUCCCUGCACAGGGAUAGAUUAACUGCCUAACAAGCUCAGCUUCUGAAACCCAGCGGGGUAGAGUAGGGCAAUUGCCUGAAAAUUUUUUAUGCAUACCUCUGUUGGGUGCUGGAAGAUCCAGGCAGGGGCUGGAUGGGAAGUCACCUCGCGUCAGGGCUCUUUUGCCAAAUAUCAGUCGUAAGCAAGGAUUGGAGAACAGAUUGUCAGCCUAACCUCCCCUGUGCCCCCUUGCCCCUUCCUCCAAGAUCCUGAGAGGGAAGGAGUCGCGGGGCUCACUGGACAAGGCUAAAGAGCGGUGAUGAAGGGACACCCCCAAGUUUCUCCUUCCCUGGAAAAGAAGAAUCCCAGCCCAGUUUCUUUCUAGCUCAUCAGCCUUUCUUCUUCUGGACUCCAGGUCUGGAGACCCGACUUCCAGCCCUCGCUGACUCUCCUCCUCUCUCCCCGGAAAACCCCCCAACUCCAGACGCAAGUUAAGCAAAUAUUUGUAGCUGCCAGUAAAUUCCAGCGGCUUUUUAUAGCGCGGCUCUCUGCGCCCGGGGCCAAGUCGUGCUGCUAAAUAUUGCUGACCACUUUUUCUUUUAUGGCUUUCAUGUCACUUAGCUAUUGAGAGUAAGAUGGAUUUGCGCGGAGCCCUCACCGCGCUGCGAUUCUCGCCCCCCCAGGUCUGCGCAGGGCGGCAAUUGGCGGCGGAGCGUCACGUGACCGCGGGGGCGUGCCAAUGUGCGCCCUCACGGGUGUCAAGCCCCUGUCAGUGUGUGCGAUCAAGAUCGUGAAACAACGCGAUGCAAAAAGCGACCUACUACGACAGCUCCGCGAUCUACGGUGGCUACCCCUACCAGGCAGCCAACGGGUUCGCUUAUAAUGCCAGUCAGCAGCCGUACCCGGCGUCCGCGGCCCUGGGCGCCGAUGGCGAGUACCACCGGCCUGCCUGCUCACUCCAGUCGCCCGCCAGCGCCGGGGGCCAUCCCAAGGCUCACGAGUUGAGCGAGGCGUGUCUGCGCACCCUGAGUGGCCCGCCCAGCCAGCCCCCAGGCCUGGGCGAGCCACCCUUGGCCCCGCCACCGCCCCAGGCCGCGCCCCCUGCUCCACAGCAGCCUCAACCCCCACCGCCGCAGCCCCCAGCACCUGCUCCGGCCGCGCCCCCUCCCCCCUCUUCGGUCUCCCCACCUCAGAAUGCCAGCAGCAACCCCACUCCCGCCAGCGCAGCCAAGAGCCCCCUACUCAACUCACCUACCGUGGCCAAACAAAUCUUCCCCUGGAUGAAAGAGUCUCGGCAAAACACAAAGCAGAAAACCAGCGGCUCCAGCUCAGGGGAGAGCUGCGCUGGCGACAAGAGCCCGCCUGGGCAGGCGUCGUCCAAACGGGCGCGCACCGCCUACACGAGCGCGCAGCUGGUGGAGCUGGAGAAAGAAUUCCACUUCAACCGCUACCUGUGCCGGCCACGCCGGGUGGAGAUGGCCAACCUGCUGAACCUCACCGAGCGCCAGAUCAAGAUCUGGUUCCAGAAUCGCCGCAUGAAGUACAAGAAGGAUCAGAAGGGCAAGGGCAUGCUGACGUCAUCAGGGGGCCAGUCCCCAAGUCGCAGCCCAGUGCCCCCUGGCGCGGGCGGCUAUCUGAACUCUAUGCAUUCGCUGGUCAACAGCGUCCCAUAUGAGCCCCAGUCGCCCCCGCCUUUCUCCAAGCCUCCCCAGGGCGCCUAUGGGCUGCCCCCCGCCUCCUACCCCGCCCCCCUGCCAAGCUGCGCUCCCCCACCGCCCCCACAGAAGCGCUACACCGCGGCGGGGGCGGGGGGUACACCCGACUACGACCCACACGCGCAUGGCCUGCAGGGCAACGGCAGCUAUGGGACCCCACACUUACAGGGAAGCCCCGUCUUCGUGGGGGGCAGCUAUGUGGAGCCCAUGAGCAACUCUGGGCCUGCCCUCUUUGGCCUAACUCACCUCCCCCACGCCGCCCAGGCCGCCAUGGACUACGGGGGUGCUGGGCCGCUGGGCAGCGGGCACCAUCACGGGCCCGGGCCAGGGGAGCCGCACCCCACCUACACGGACCUUACCGCCCACCAUCCUUCUCAGGGAAGAAUUCAGGAAGCCCCCAAGCUCACCCACCUGUGAUGGUGGGCUCGGGGCUGCGCGCCAGGAGAGUCCCCCUGCCCCCACCUUUCUUCUACGUUUACUUUUUUUUUUUUUUGAUUUUGUUUUAAGGUUCCUCCGGUCCUCCCUUCUCUCUCCUCCGCCCCCACUACCUUCCCCCCACCCCGUUUUGUUUUCUUUGGUAACGCGUUUUUAUAGUUUAUGUGACGUAGCAAUCUUGGUUGCUGGAAUGGCUGUCAGUAUCAGUAGCGAUGUUUAUCUCCUCCCACCCCUCGCUCGGCCGCUGGCCCUGCAUCCUUUACCUUCUUUACUCUUUGAUCAGAAACAGGGUAUAUGAACAAAUUUUCUAGCCGAGUUCUUCAAUGUGAAUUUGUUCGUACAUUAUGGCUCCCGAGGGGAAGCAAUUACUUUUUUUCUUAAUUUUUAGGUUUUUUUUUUAAUUGCACUUCUUGUAAAGAGCGAAAAAAAAUCAAAGGCGCUUUGAAACAGGGGCUCCCUGUGCAAGGAUGACUAAGUGUACGUCUUUCCGUGUGUGUAUGCUGGUGAACAGUCAGAUUUAUUUAUAUUUUUUUUGCAAGCAUUGAAUAAUCUAAGUUUUAAAUAUUAUUUAUCCCCAUCCGUUCGUAUUUAUAUUAAAGAAAUUCUGUACCCUGAUUGUUCAGAAGGUUUCUUGGGCCUUUUGUUCAAUAGUGUAUUGGCGUACAUAGAAAAAAAUUUUUAUUUGAAAGGGAAAUAUAAUUCCUUUAUAAAAACGAUAAUGAUGCAAUAAUACCAGAGAGGAUCCAGCUUUUGAAAACAGUGAUUUAGGUUUGUAACAUCCGGCGAAACUGAAAAAAAAAAAUCUGUAAACGUGAAAAAAAAUGCUAGAUUUGUUUUGAGAGUUCUACAUUCCUUGCUGCUCACAUUCUGAGAAAGUAAACAAAAAAAAUAAAUAAAUAAAGUUUUUAUUCUGAAUAA